CGUCUUCCUCCUCUGGCCUUCCCAUCUUCUUCCUCUCGUCCUCGAUCGAUCAUCCUGCUAACUAGCUAGAGGUCUGGCACUAGCUGCUAACUAGAAAAAAGGAAGAAAGCAAGCAAGCUAAGAAGGAAUUGAAGAUCGUAUCAUCAAUGAGCAUCUCGGUGAACGGGCAGUCGUGCGUGCCGCCGGGGUUCCGGUUCCACCCCACGGAGGAGGAGCUGCUCAACUACUACCUCCGCAAGAAGGUGGCCUCCCAGCAGAUCGACCUCGAUGUCAUCCGCGACGUCGACCUCAACAAGCUCGAGCCAUGGGACAUCCAAGAGAGAUGCAAGAUCGGGUCGGGUCCCCAGAACGACUGGUACUUCUUCAGCCACAAGGACAAGAAGUACCCGACGGGGACGCGCACCAACCGCGCUACGGCCGCCGGCUUCUGGAAGGCCACCGGCCGCGACAAGGCCAUCUACAGCGCCGUCAGGCGCAUGGGCAUGCGCAAGACGCUCGUCUUCUACCGGGGCCGCGCGCCGCACGGCCACAAGUCCGACUGGAUCAUGCACGAGUAUCGCCUGGACGACCCUGACGCCGCCGCCGUCGCCGCCACGGUAGCCGCUGCUGCCGCGUCGUCCGACGGCGGGCAGGAGGACGGCUGGGUGGUGUGCAGGGUGUUCCAGAAGAAGCACCACCACAAAGAGUCGUCAGGCAGAUGCCGCAGCAAGCGCGGCAGUAAAACCGAACACGGGCACGGCGAGGCCAAGACGGCGGCGCACCAACGCCACGGCUGCGGCCUGCAGUACUCCUCCAACGACGACACGCUGGACCAUAUGCUGGGCAGGCGGUCCUGCAAACAGGAGCACGAGCUGCUGCCGCUGCCGCCGCCGGCGGCUGCGCGGGCGGCGUCCAGGUACAUCCGGCCCAUCGAGACCGUGCUGGGCGGGCACGGGUUCAUGAAGCUGCCCCCGCUCGAGAGCCCGGCGGCGGCGGAGGCGCUGACGACGCCGCACGCCGUCUCUGCAGGCGACGCCACCGCCGCCGGGGCCCUCGACGGCCUCCACCGCGCCGGGAACGGGAUCACGGACUGGGUCAUGAUGGACCGGAUGGUGGCGUUGCACCUCAACGGGCAGGCACCCGCCGCGGACCAGCUCGGCAGCUGCUUCGACGCCAGCGCGGACGGCGGCGGCCUCGCCUGCUUCUACUCCGCUGCCGCCAACAGGCUGCUCGGCGGCGGCGACGACGACCUGUGGAGCUUCACGCGAUCGUCGUCGACGGAGCGGCUGGGCCAUGUGUCGCUUUAGACAGACGCCCGGCCGUUCGUCGUCGAUCGCCUUACUUAUGUACGUACGUACGUCGUAGGGAAUUAGGGAUCGGGAAAGCACUGCCGCAUGUGUGUGUGUGGCUCAGUGGCUGGCCACACAACCUAUCUCCGCCGUCCAUCUCGCUUGCGGGUCCCACACACAAAGCUCCGGUGAACUUGGGUCAGAUUGAUUGAACCAUAUAUAUCCUCGAUGACAAUCGGUUCUUCAACUUCAUUAACAAACAACCCUAGUUUAUUUUAAAACUAAAACACGAUAAAUAAAAAAGAACGGAGAGAGAGUACUAUAUAUAUAUAGAACCAGUAAUGCGAUAUGCUUGUUUGACAUCCUCGGACCAUAGGGACCAUAGGAGUAGGAGCAAGUUUCUUCUUUCUUUCUAGGCACAUAAAAACUUGCUUAGGAGGUGACAAUCGGUCUUUCUUUUUUUAUGGGCCGAUCCACUGAAUCGGGCCUUUUAUUGCUUGAUUUGCUUGUUGAUAAGGGCAUGUUUGUUUGUGAUUGCAAUAUAUCUAGAUCAUAUAAUCUAACGUAUUUUGAACC